AUGCCUUCUCUUACGGCGUCUUCAGCUGCCGCCGCCGCUCCUCCGAGCGUAAAGCAGAAUGGUAGCAUUCCAACGCCCUCUCCACCUAGUAUUAUCGAUAUUCGUGGUGAAUAUGUUGAGAUGAAUUUGAAGGAUGAGAUUGCCACUUCCUUUAAUCCUGAAAAUGGCCCAAGGAAGCUCCCCACACUUCUUCUGUACAACGAGAAAGGGCUACAGUUAUUCGAGGACAUCACAUAUCUGGAUGAGUAUUACUUGACAAACUAUGAAAUUGAGAUAUUGAAAAAGAACUCGGCGGCAAUUGCCAGCCAGAUUCCUGAGGGAUCUAUGGUGAUCGAGUUGGGAAGCGGAAACCUCCGCAAGAUCUGCUUGCUUCUGCAGGCCUUUGAAGAGGCCAAAAAGCCUAUCCAAUACUUUGCUCUGGAUCUGUCUCUCAAAGAACUUGAGCGUACUCUGGCUCAGGUACCCGACUUCAAUUAUGUCUCGUGCCAUGGCCUUCUAGGGACAUAUGACGAUGGAAGGGAAUGGCUCAAGCAUCCUUCUCUUACGAGCCGUUCAAAGUGUAUCAUUCACCUCGGUUCUAGUAUCGGAAACUUCACGCGAGAUGAGGCAGCUGAUUUCUUGGGAGGGUUCGCAGAGGUCCUCACGCCAUCCGAUUCCAUGAUCGUCGCGGUUGACUCUUGCACCAUGCAUACAACGUUCUUGAAUACAGACUCCAAGGGGGUAACCCAUCAAUUCAUCCUGAAUGGUCUUGAAAACGCCAAUGAGAUCCUUGGUGAAGAGGUCUUUAACCCGAGCGAAUGGAAGGUCAUUGGUGAGUACGUCUAUGAUAUUGAAGGCGGGCGGCAUCAGGCAUUUCUUGCUCCCACCCGGCCGACGGAUGUUCUCGGAUCGAGAAUUAUGCCUCAUGAACGAGUAUGGAUCGAACAAAGUCUCAAGUAUUCCGAAAAGGAAAAGACAAAGCUUUGGAAGUUGGCAGGCCUGACCGAGACUGGCUAUUGGAGUCGGGGAGAUGAAUAUGGCCUUCACCUUCUAAAGAAAUCGAGUAUGCCGUUCAGUCUAAUCCCGUCUCUCUACGCCGCAAAGCCCCUACCGACAGUCCAAGACUGGGAGGCGCUUUGGAAGGCAUGGGAUAUUGUGACAAAGGACAUGAUUGCCGAUGAAGAGCUUCAAGAGAAACCCAUCAAGUUACGCAAUGCAUGCAUCUUUUAUCUCGGCCAUAUCCCGACCUUUCUUGACAUUCAGUUGACCAAGACUACGGGCCAACCUCCGACCGAUCCCACGUCCUACUAUUCCAUCUUUGAGAGAGGAAUAGAUCCUGAUGUGGACAACCCAGAGCAUUGCCAUUCUCAUUCAGAAAUCCCUGCUGAAUGGCCUCCUGUUCAAGAGAUUACUCUAUACCAAGACAGGGUCAGAUCUCGUCUGCAAAAGCUGUAUGAGAAUGGCCAAGACAAGAUCCCUCGAGAGAUUGGCCGGGCCAUCUGGGUUGGCUUUGAACACGAGUUGAUGCAUAUUGAGACCUUGCUUUACAUGAUGCUACAAAGCAGCAAGACACUUCCUCCGCCGCAUACAGUUCAACCCGACUUUGCGAAGAUGGCUCAGCAAGCGUAUAAGGCUAGAGUCCCGAACCAGUGGUUUGAUGUUCCCGAGCAAACAAUCAUGUUGGGCAUGGAUGACCCUGAGGAUGGUACCGACCCUUCGCGCCACUUUGGCUGGGAUAAUGAGAAACCAGCACGUCAAGCGAACGUCCAUGCCUUCCAAGCUCAAGGUCGACCUAUUACUAAUGAAGAGUAUGCCCAGUACCUGUACAACUCCAAGAUUGAUCGGGUUCCCGUCUCAUGGUCCUCGGUCCCUUCUAACAAGCAAGAUGGAGCUACCAACGGUCACCACACCAAUGGCCAUUCAAAUGGCUACACUAAUGGAAAUGGAAAUGGCCAUCACGCAAACUCAGUUCCCGACUCGUUCAUCGAGGGCAAGUUUGUCAGAACCAUGUAUGGCUUAGUUCCUCUCAAGUACGCCCUUGACUGGCCUGUAUUUGCUUCAUACGACGAGCUUGUCGGCUGCGCUGCGUGGAUGGGUGGUCGAAUUCCUACCUUUGAAGAGGCUAAAAGCAUUUAUGCACAUGUCGAUAAGCAGAAGAAGGCUGAAGCUGAACGUAUCCUGUCCAAGACGGUUCCUGCAGUUAAUGGACACCUUGUCAACGAUGGCGUAGAGGAAACCCCGCCAUCCAACUCUUCAGCUUUGGUCAAGGAUAGCUCUUCUGAGCUAUUCUUUGACCUGACCGACGCCAAUGUCGGUUUCCGUCACUGGCAUCCUAUGCCAGUUACCUCUCGGGGCAACAAACUUGCUGGCCAAGCUGAGAUGGGCGGUGUCUGGGAAUGGACGAGCUCAAUUCUCGAACGGCACGAAGGCUUUGAGCCCAUGUCUCUGUAUCCUUUGUAUACAACAGACUUUUUCGAUGGCAAGCACAACAUUGUCUUGGGUGGUUCGUGGGCAACUCAUCCACGCAUCGCAGGACGGGCGAGUUUCGUGAACUGGUACCAGAGGAACUACCCUUACGCAUGGGUCGGAGCCAGACUGGUACGGGAUAUUUAA